AUGAAUAUACAACUCGACGACGUCUCCCCCCAGAUUGCGUACUAUGCCGCCGCCGGAUCUGCUUCUGGCUGGAUCGUUGACCAUACUUCUGAUAAAGCAUCCAUGGUAUCAUCCUACAGCAAAGGCACUUUCCACGGCACAUACGGCGACGGCGACUACAUGGUGUACAAGUUCAAUGGCUCGGGUGUUGCCAUCUAUGGAGCGAAGAGGGACAAUCAUGGGAUUUAUGGAGUCUCGGUAGACGGUGGGGACGUGUUGAUGUCUGAUGGGUACUCGGCAACCACGCUUUUCAAGCAAGUUUUGUUCUCUAGGAACGGGUUGGACGAUUCGGAACAUACUGUUACGAUCACAAACUACCCCAACGCCGGUACCUCAGCUGUAGCGGGCAACCAUUGGUUGGACAUUGACUACAUCCAAAGUACGCCCCCUUCUUCUACUCUCCUUUUCCCAGAGACUGACUUUGUCUCCCAAGCAACAUCCUCCACCUCAGGCCAAGUCUACACCACCAUGAUCGACGACGCCAACCCAGUCAUCACAUACACCAGCUGGAGCACAUAUGUCGAUUCCAACAGGAAUGUCGCCUUCUUCAACUUGACGGACCAUACUACUUCUACUGAAGGGUCUAUUAUGACUGUUCCAUUUACAGGAUCGAGUAUCCAGCUCAUCGCAUCUCUAAACGACGUACACGGCAACUACUCUGUUUCGCUCGACGGUGCCGAAGCCGAAGUGUUCAAUUCAAACUUCUUUACACCCAUCUAUCAAGUUCCCAUUUAUACAGCCUCGGGUUUGGACGAAGGCGAUCAUACGGUGACGGUGACAAAUCUCGGCUCGGGCACGAGAUCGAUCUUGUCGUUCGAUUACGCUAUGGUCAACUCAACUUCCCCGCCUGCUUCUUCUACUUCCGCCAUCGUGGCUUCGACGCUUGCUUCCACUGCCGUCGGAUCCGAUUCUACCACCUCUAACGGUGCAGGGACGGCCUCAAGCUCGACUUCUUCUUCCUCCUCUUCCGCCGUAGUAGCAGGUGCUUCCGAAGACACGAACGGCGGAUCCAAGACCAACGUCGGUGCCAUCUCUGGCGGCGUUGCCGGUGGUGUAGUAGCCCUCGCUCUUCUAGCCGUUCUUGCAUUCUGGUUCUUCCGCCGUCGACGCAACUCUGCUUCCUCCUCCCAGUUCAGCGAGGACGGGUCUAGGGAAGGAUCAUACUUCGAUUAUGCCCCCGGCCCUGCUGGUGCUCACUCGAGAAAGACGACACCGUCUUCGAGGAAUAUGGUUGAUUUGGGAUCUUCCAGAGGAAGUGCGGGAAGGCAUACACCGAGGUCUAUGCUUUGGUCUGGAGGGACCCCCCGCACACCUGUCACCCCCUUUGUUGACCAUCCCAAUCAACCACAACAGCACUCUUACGACGAAAGGUCAUAUCACCCUCCUCCCAGUAGUGGGGGUAGUUCCUCCGGCGGCGGUACCUUCUUGUACAACAGCUCUGCCCCUUUGUCCCCUGGUUCUCAGGACGCUACCUUGGUGAGCAAUGCCACCGCCAACAGUCCCUUCUUCCCGUCCAUGCCUCCUCCCCCGGGGUCCAACACUUCGUCCUACCCCCGUUCGGCCCACCAAUCGUCUCGGGGCGCGAUGCCUGCCACUUUUACGCCCUUCACCGGUACCGGCGGUGCUUCUGAAACCCUCAUGCAGCAGGGGCAGGGCGUGGGCCCGGCGACUGUCAGUACAGCCCAGCUGAGCGAGAAGUCGCGACCUGGUACGGGUGGAUCUGGGGGUGCGCCGACGUUACCGAGGAUGAAUAGUAUGGGCAGUUUCUCGGCACUUUCUCAUUUUACUGCAGAACAGGCUGGAGGUGAUAGGCAGCCGCCGGAGUAUGUCCAAGCUGUUCAGCCCCGUGGACAACACUAG